AUGGUUCCCCGACUCUAUGCAUAUAUUCUUGCUCAGACCGAUCCUUAUCGACGAAUACCAACUGGUGGUGCUCUCGUUCCGAUACUGAUUACAAAUCUGGGUUUGCUUAUGGGAUAUGCUUUCAUUUGGUUGAAACAAGUUACUGCUGCUGGCAAAGCCAAAAAGGGUCUUUCGAAGUACGGCGAAAGCAGCUGUGAGCCGGAACUUGAUGCCAAGAUGACCUACUUUGCUGGUAGUAACGGCAAUACCUAA